UUUUGAAUAAUUCACAUCACACAUGUCGACGACAUGUAAUUUCUAUUAAGUCUUAUUAGAACUACAGCUGUAACCGUUACUAACGUUAGUUAGUUAUUAUUUAUUUAGUGAAAUUAUAGUGGAUAACACUCGCUGGAACUAGUUAAAUAAGUAAGAACAAUGAGAGGUUAUCAGGAAGACACUCCGCCUUCAUCAAUCAGCGGCGACGAAAUAGCAGGCAUGGAUGAUGAAGAGGCCGUAUUCUUAGGCUACUUGGACGAGAUGGAUGAGCUAGUAGACGACAAUAUGGAGGAGGUCACCGACCAAGAAGAGGAGGAUACAGAUAUGGAACCUCCAGAAGAUCUAUCUAUACUCGUUUUUAACAAACAUGUUGGUUCAGUCUUCUGUUGCGACCUCCACCCUAGCGGAAAGCUAGCCGUGACGGGGGGAGAAGAUGACAAAGCCUUUGUGUGGUCUGUACAGACAGGUCAAAUUGUCUUUGAAUGCACUGGCCACAAAGAUUCAGUAAUUUUUGUUGGCUUCAGUUUUGAUGGCGCCUACCUUGCCACGGCUGACAUGUCUGGUUUGAUUAAAGUGUGGAAAUGCAAUUUGGAUGAAAAUCAACAAGAGCCAUGGCCUAUUGCGUUUGAAUAUGAAGCAGAAGACUUGACUUUCGGCUUGUGGCACUUCGGAGCCAGGGUUCUUAUCUGUGGAGCUGUGUCUGGAGAUAUUUAUGUGUUUAAAAUACCUUCUGGUGACAUUAAAGUUUUGCAAGGACAUAAUACAAGAGUAGAAUGUGCCAAGAUGUUCAAAGAUGGAGUUCGCUUAGUGGCAGGUUAUGAUGAUGGUGCAGUGAAGGUGUGGGAUCUUAAGACUAAUGCAGUUCUUCAGCAAAUUCAGGCCAAUGUCCAUGAUAUGAGAGUAACAGCUAUUGACACACAUCCAGAGAAUAACAUUAUGGCAUCUAUAUCUAGUGACGGUAAAGUUAUUCUGGCAACAUCAAGUAAUGGCAAAGUAGUAGGACAACUGCAGGCAGAGAAUGAUUUGGAAACAGUUGCCUUUGCUCAAGAUCCACAACUGGGAUUCUUUGCAUUAGGUACUUUAAAUGGUGAUGUUGGUAUAUGGGACACAGCCAGACAGAUGGUCCGACACCAAUGCACUAAGUCUGACGAUGAAUCCGUCGUAGGAGUCACCAAAAUGAUAUGGGAGAAAGACCACCUCAUCACUGGGUGUCUCGAUGGAGCCAUUCGGGUAUAUCAAGGAAGAUCCGGUGAAAAGGUACUCCAGUUGACAGGCCACAGAUCAGAAGUCCUAGAUUUAUGUUUUAAUGAAAAUGAAAAUGUGAUACUGACGACGUCGGAUGACGGAACAGCUAGGAUAUAUAAAUAUGAAAUUAAUAAAGAUAAAGAUUAAUAUUUAA